CGACCGUAGUCACGUCGCCAAUAUCUGGAAUCACAAAAGCAGGGGCUCCCAGUUUGACAAAUGGUGGAACGCAGAUAACAACUACCAUACCUGGACUGGCCGCUACUACGAUAAAAUCAGGGUCAAUUUCUUUGACAACAACCAAAGUAGGAGCACCAGUUGCCACUUCAGCGCAGGGAGCGACUACCCUCUCUGUUAUUACCACGAAACCUGCCGGAGUUACAACUGUAACCUCACUCGGACCUCAAAAUCCAACCUUAAUUUCAUCUACAGCGUCCACUGGGCAGCAAGUAGUAACAAAUGGAAACACUAUAACCUCAGUAAAAACUACAACACUUCCAACAACUUCAACCACCACUACUUCUACGACAACCACGAGCACCACCACAACAACAACUACGACAACAACAAGACCCCCUUGUUUAAAAUACGAUUGCACCGUAAAUUCGCUCAAUUUGAAUUCAAAUGGAAUCGUUGAUACAACAAAGUUAGUUGAUGCAAUUUAUCAGCAAGCGUGCGAUCGUCUCUAUGUGUUUGGAUUGAGCUCGAAAAACUGGACAGAUGCUGCGAGUUACUGCUGUUCUUUAGGAAUGCAGCUACUGAGCAUCGAAACAAAAGAGGAGUUGGUGUGCAUUGCUGACCUAGUGAAUAGUAUUGAUGGCGUUGGAUUGCCUGGAGAAUAUUUCACGUCAGGGUCUGACUACCAAAUUGCCAACAAUUUCACAUGGUGCUCGUCAAAUUACACUUCCAUAGGGCAGAACAUUGCUUGGAUUUCUGGUGAGCCGAGCAUGACCGAUUUCUUUGGGGUGGAGGAGGACUGCGUUUCGGUUAAUCUCAGUCUUGGCCAACCAAAGAAAAAUGCUCUCCGCGACGUUGAUUGCUCAGCCAAAAAGAAAUAUAUCUGCGAGGUACCUGUACCCACAACCACGAAACCUCCAUGUUUACCCUACACAUGUGAAAAAAAUCAAUCUUUGCUUGAUAGUGAUGACUAUAUAAACCCAAAUGCUUCAAUUGACGGUGCGCUAAGAAUAUCUUGCGGCAAGAUGUAUUACUAUAGCAAUUUAGCGACAACUUGGCAAGCUGCAGCUUCUGCAUGCUGUCAGCUAAAUAUGCGUCUGGUUGUGUUUGAAACUGUUGAUCAGAGAAAUUGCUUCAAUAAAAUAUUUUCGAUUCCUGGUUACGGCUCAAAUUUAAAUUCAAUUCAUCUAUGGGUUGGAUUCAGUGAUCAAUAUCAGGAGGGUGUUUUCACUUGGUGCACUUCCAGCAGAAACAUAAAAAUUACCACAAACUCUUUAUUCUUUGCUGGCGGUCAACCUGACAAUGCUGGAAAUAAUGAAAAUUGUGGCAUGAUACUCGCAAAUACCGGAGCUGCCUUAAACGACGGCAACUGCAUGGCUAACCUCAGAUUUGCUUGCGAGGGAUAUGUGCCCGAUUGCACUCCAAUUUGCCCUAGCACUUGCGCAAAGGAUUCAGAACCAGUUAUUGGACGUGGCUUCUUAUGGAACCUGGACAACAGUUAA